AGGCCUUACAGAGUUGUACAAAAAAAUAAUCAAGAAUUUAACUUAAGAUGAGUGAGGUAUUUUCCAGCGCUGCUGUUUCAGCAUGCCAAGAAAAGGAGAAUGUAUCCAUCAAUUUGGAGACAUUCCCAUCUCCUAAGAAAGUCUUGAAGCUCGUGGAGCCUGAAGAAUAUCCUCAAGAGCUGAAGGCCAUCAAAUUCAAAGUCUCUAUUGCUAAGUUAAUCAAUAUUGUUUAUUACAGGAGAAUGUAUCCAUCAAUUUGGAGACAUUCCCAUCUCCUAAGAAAGUCUUGAAGCUUGUGGAACCCGAAGAAUAUCCUCAGGAGCGGAAGGCCAUGAAAGCUCCUCGACGAGUACUGUACUUCAGUGAUGGUACGCUGGAGGAGUACAGCACCGACGACGAGCAGGACGACAUGUGCCGCACUCAUGCUGAAACAUCUCAGCUUGUAAAAGCUUCUGAGCUGUCUUGGAUUGGCUGGUUUGGAUACCAAAUGAUCACCACCAGCAGCCGGGCUCUGGCAGUCUGUGACUACCUUGGCGAGAACAUUGCCUACUACCUUGGCAUUACUGCACCCAAGUACCAGUAUGAGCUGGAGGAACAUCAGCGCUGCCUUAAAGAGGAGGAGGAGGAGCGGCGCCAGGCGGCAGAGGAGACGCAGGGCUGGGGGCACAGUCGUACAAAAUGAGCUCCCUGCUGAGCCAAGCUGAGGCCAGCCUGCAGGAAGAGGCCACAACUGAGGCCCCGUACGACGACCUCCCGCGCUACUGAGGCUCCAAGUCCUCACGAUUUUAUUAGACUUGAUGGCCUUUGGGUUUGAUGGCACUUGGACUUGAUGGCCUUUGGGUUUGAUGGCACUUGGACUUGAUGGCCUUUGGGUUUGAUGGCUCUUGGACUUGAUGGCCUUUGGGUUUGAUGGCUCUUGGACUUGAUGGCCUUUGGAUUUGAUGGCACUUGGUCUUGAUGGCACUUGGACUUGAUGGCCUUUGGACUUGAUGGCCCUUGGACUUGAUGGCACUUGGACUUGAUGGCUCUUGGACUUGAUGGCACUUGGACUUGAUGACCUUUGGACUUGAUGGCACUUGGACUUGAUGGCCCUUGGAUUUAAUGGCCCUUGGAUUUAAUGGCACUUGGGCCUGAUGGCACUUGGACUUGAUGGUCCUUGGACUUGAUGCCUUUGGGCUUGAUGGCACUUGGACUUCAUGGCACUUAGACUUCAUGGCAUUUGGACUUGAUGGCACUUGAACUUGAUGGCACUUGGACUUGAUGGCCUUUGGACUUGAUGGCACUUGGACUUGAUGGCCCUUGGACUUAAUGGCAUUUGGACCUGACGGCCCUUUGGACUUUAUGGCGCUUGGUCUUGAUGGUUCUUGGACUUGAUGGCUCUUGGACUUGAUGGUCCUUGGACUUGAUGCCUUUGGGUUUAAUGGCUCUUGGACUUCAUGGCAUUUGGACUUGAUGGCCUUUGGACUUGAUGGCACUUGGACUGGAUGGCACUUGGACUUAUGGCACUUGUACUUGAUGGCACUUUGAUUUGAUUACCCUUAGACUUGAUGGCCUUUGGACUUGCUGGCUUUUGGAUUUGCUGGCUUUUGGACUUGAUGUCCCUUGGACUUGAUGGCACUUGGACUUGGCCCUUUAACGACCACUCUUCAGAAGAGUGCAAAAUACCAUCUUGCUGAAAUGUAUUCAUUGAAAAAAUUUCACUGGUAAUAUAUUUGUCAAUCUGGUCAUAGCGCAGCGCAAAAUUAAAUGAGAUUUAUUUGUCCUAUUGAACAAAUGAUCUUCAUUCAUAAACUAGUAAUGUCAAAGGCAAAGUAUGCGUAGAGCUGGACGCUGAAGUGUUCAUGACAUAUGGGGGUUUUUACAUGUACAUUUUUCACAACAUCAAACACGAUCUCAUGAACUUUUCCCCGCUAAAAUUCUUUUUUAAUUCAAGUCCAAUAAAAAAUGAGAGGUGAAAUAUUUCUUGGGUCAUAAACACGAUGUGUUAGAUAUAGUUAUGAGUUUUGUGUGUUACAGUAUUGUGGGUGGUUUUGAAGGCACUUUCUGUUGCGGUUUAGCCUACACUUACACGCUCAAAUUGCUUUGAACUUAUUGAUAAAUGUGACCAAAUUCUAAUCAUUGUUACCAAUUUCUUUUUAGGCCAGACUCAGAAAUCUGUUAAUGGGCAAGGUUUUGUCAAUUAAAAACCCGAAUGAUUAAUAGACUCAAACAAAUUGCUCAAAGUUUAUUGAUAAAGUGACCAAAUUCUAAUCAUUGUUACCAAUUUCUUUUUAGGCCAGACUCAAAACUCUGUUAAUGGACUAGGUUAUGUCAAUUAUAAACCUGAAUGAUUAAUAGACUCAGAAGAGGAAAUUCGAUUCCUGCUUUCACCAUAAAAACUUCUCUUCUCGUGCCCCCCUGCAAAGACCUAUAACCGUGCCUGGUCUUCAGUAUUAACCGUACACGUAGUUGAAAGAAGCGUUACCGACAAUAACAUUGAUCACAGCUUUAAUACCUAAUGUUGUCUAUCAAUAAACCUAUAUAUAUAUAAUUUAAAUUUAUUUUUGUUUUGCAGUUAUCACUUGCACUGACCAAAUAAGAGAUCUUGUGUGCA